AUGCCUGAAUCACCAUUACAACAUAAAUUAUCAGCAAAUAAUUCAACCACGAAUAGUCACGUUAGUCCUACUGGUUCCGAUAUGUCUCCAAAUUCACAAUUGGAACAUGAAAAACGUGUACGACGUGAAAUUGCUAAUUCAAAUGAACGUCGUCGUAUGCAAUCAAUAAAUACUGGUUUUCAAAGUUUAAAAAUUCUCAUUCCUCAUUCAUGUGGUGAAAAACUUAGCAAAGCAUGUAUACUUCAACGUGCUGCUGAUCAUAUAAAAAGUCUUGAAAAUGAAAAACUUAAAUUACAAUCUCAAAAUGAACAAUUUCGUAUAUUAAUAAAAAGUUUUCAAAUUGAUUCAACAAGUGUUUUACAAGCACAACGACGUUUAUCAACAAAUGAUCCAGAUGAAACUAUUCUAUUACUGAAUAAUGAAAUAAAACCUAUUGGAAAUUCUGAUGAUACAAAUGAUGAUCAAUUAAGAUUAUAUCAUGAUAUUAAAAAUCGUCAUACAUUAGUUCAAAAUUGGCAUGAUGUUACACAAUAUGUUCAACAACAAAAAGAUGAACAACAACAACAUUAUUAUCCAAUAUCAUCAUCAUCAUCAUAUCGAACUAAUACAAAACAAUCACCAACAUCAGAUACAACAUAUAUGAUUGUCAAACAAAAUCAACCUAGUCAACGUUGUUAUAAAACAAAUUCACUUGAUCAACAUAAUGAUAAUGGUAUUGUUAUCGUUGAACGAUGUCAACUCAGGACACAAAGUGUUGAUACAAAUAAUAAUAAUAAUAAUUUAUCAUCAUCAUCAUCAUCAAAUUUAACUGAUCAUACAGUAGCACGUCGAAAUUUACAAACAAUUGUUGAAGCUAUUCGUCAUGUAGAAGGUGAUGAUGCAUUAUCAAAUAUAACUUCAACACAAUCAACAUCACAAAAAGAAGAUUUACCAGCACAGAUAAAAGCAAUGAUUAAUGAAAAAUUUCAACAGCAACAACAACAACAACAACAACAACAACAUAUAAAUAAAAGUUCAUCAUCAACAAAUACAAUUUAUCAACAACCAAUGAAUAUUUAUGAUCCACAGCAAACAUUAUCAACAUCACAUGAUAUUGAUUUACAUCAAAAACCGCCUAAAAAACGAAAAAUAACUUAUAAUGAAAAUGAUGAUACUAUUGAACAACACACAAUUAUACAAAAACAAGAUUUACCACCAAUAUCAAGUCCAGAUGUUCAUCAUCAUGAACAAAUCUCAAGUGAAUCAUCUCCACCUCAAACAAUUAUCUCAAAUUUAGUUGUACGUUCAUCACCACCAACAGUAGCUCAGUUAUUACAAGAACAUUUAAUACAACGUUCAGUACGUUAUCCUCCACCUCCAUUAUUAACAACAAAUAUUCAACGACAUCAACAACAUUAA